UUUGUUUUUGAUACAUUAACCGGUAGAAUGAUAUCAUCCGCGAAUUUAGCUAAUGAACCUAGCGCUAUCCUAGCCCGUUGUUCUAAUUCCUCAAUAUUCACAGAAAAACGCUUCUCCAAUGAUCCGAGAAAAACAAGGACCAGAUCGUCCGCAAAUAAAUGUGUAACUAGUUGCAUGAAAUAUUUAGGAAGAAAAUGGAUGUGAAGGCGGAAUAAUGUAGUAGCAAGUACUGAACCUUGAGGAGUUCCCACCAAAAGUUUUAUUACUCUUGAGCUGGCUUCACCGUGGCAGAUUGAGAAAGAUGUAUUCUGCAGCCACAGAUAUAUCCACCGGACCAGUUCCAGCGGCAUUUCCAGUUCUAAUAAAUUACUUAUCAGAGCUGAAAACCACAUCCGAUCAAAGGCAGUCAUAAAGUCCACGAAGAUUAUUAAUCCUGGACGAUUACUAGCAGCAACUGUUAGUCUUAAAUCUUCGCAUAAAGAUAAUAUCCUUGUUUGCAGCCUCCUUCCGGGUGUAAAACCUGAUUGUUCAUCAACAUAGAUACCCUUUUCGUAACGCCAAUUUAAAAUACGUUGAUAAACAAUCCUUUCAAACCAUUUUCCAAUAUUGGGAACCAGAGAGAUAGGGCGGAGUCGAUUUUCCUGCGGAUAUAGACCUUCUUUUGAUAAACAAACUACUUUUGCAUGCUUUGCUCCUUCAAAAAAAACCUCCUUUUUCAGCGCAUUUAUUAAUAAGAAAUACCGAGCCUUUUAAAUUAAGUGUUGUGCUUUUAAACUGCCACUAAGUCUCUCGCGUCUUUCACGAGAAAACUGGUCUAGGUUAAAUCUUUAACGUGUUAUGCGAUUGUCUUGAAACUCAGGCCUUUUGAAGGAUUUCAAGAUGUGCUCUUUCUUUUGUCUCGGGGAAAAAAUCGGACUUUUCGGAUUAUAGGUGAUGAUGAAAACGCAUUUAGAAUAGAAAAUAACUCAGCUCAGGUUGGCGGUGGGAGCCUGCGUUAAAUCGGCAGAUAAUUGAAAAAUGAACAAACGUAAGUAUUUGACGAGCUUCUACGAAAAACUUUAGCGCUUAGAAUUUUCUUAAAAUCGUUUCAACGCGUAGAGCUGAAAAUCUAAACAUUUCAUAAAAUCUUGAGUUGUUAAGCUAGAGCUCUGAUUCAGAAGCCAUUGUACAAAAACAUAUUAUAGCAAGUUAUCAUGAAAAUGUUUGAAUGAAAGAAGAAUCUUUACGAAAAAAUUAUAAUUCAAUUUAUGAUCUUGCAAAAGAUACUUUAUGUGGAAAACAUUUUACUAGUCUAGUUGAUUCAAUCCCAUAUAAGAAUAUCAUUUAUGAAUUUUGUUUCGUAUAUUUUGAAAUAUGUUGCUGAUGAUUAUGGUUUAGAUCUUUAACUAAAUUAUCAAGUAAAGAUAAUGAUGAUCAACUCGUUUCCUAUUUCACUUGUAAUUCGAUUCCACCAGAGUCUAAAAUUCGCUUCAACGUGUAGAGCUGAACAUCUAAGUUGUGAAUUACUAGUAAAUUACUUGAAUUAAUUGAUUAUGCAUCAUUUACUGUUAAUAAUGAAAAUCCAGCUGUUCCUAUGAUGCGAGAAAUAUUAACAUUAAAUCAUCAUUAUUCUUGUAUUCCUCAAACACCAUUAUUUUAUUUAUGUCGACAACAUAUCAGAAGUUUAGCAAAUCUCAAAUUUGGCAAAUCAACAAAAUCAAUUCAAUGGUUUGAUCGCGACUUCUGA